UUAUAAUAAGUAAGGGUUGUUUAUGUAAAUGUUUUUGUUUCAGUAGAGAUCUCUUCUUCUUUUUGUAAUUAGGUCUCUUUGGCUGUGAGAUUAAGGAUGAGUAAUCAAAGAAAGAGAUCAAACGCAGAAAGAGAAGAAGACGACGACGAAGAUGCCGAAGGUAUCGGCGAGUGGGAGAGAGCUUAUGUUGACGACAGAUCCUGGGAGGAGUUGCAAGAGGAUGAGUCUGGACUUUUACGCCCUAUUGAUAACAGUGCCAUUUACCAUGCUCAGUAUCGUCGGCGCCUCCGUAUGCUCUCCGCCGCCGCUGCUGGUACUCGUAUCCAAAAGGGGCUUAUUCGUUAUCUCUACAUCGUCAUUGACUUCUCUCGGGCAGCUGCUGAAAUGGAUUUCAGACCAAGCCGGAUGGCCAUAAUGGCCAAACAUGUUGAAGCUUUCAUUAGAGAGUUCUUUGACCAGAAUCCUCUGAGUCAAAUCGGUUUGGUCUCUAUAAAAAAUGGACUUGCUCAUACAUUAACAGAUCUUGGUGGUAGUCCUGAGACUCACAUCAAAGCGUUGAUGGGGAAGUUGGAAGCCUUGGGUGACUCCUCUUUGCAGAACGCCCUGGAACUUGUACAUGAGCAUCUCAACCAGGUUCCAUCUUAUGGUCAUCGCGAGGUUCUGAUAUUAUAUUCAGCUCUAUGCACAUGUGAUCCAGGAGAUAUCAUGGAGACCAUUCAAAAAUGCAAGAAGUCCAAAUUAAGAUGUUCUGUAAUUGGGCUGUCUGCAGAAAUGUUUAUAUGUAAACACCUCUGCCAGGAAAGUGGCGGAUUGUAUUCAGUUGCAGUGGACGAGGUGCAUCUAAAGGAUCUUCUGCUCGAACAUGCGCCUCCACCUCCGGCAAUAGCAGAAUUUGCAAUUGCAAAUUUGAUCAAGAUGGGUUUCCCACAGAGAGCUGCUGAGGGUUCAAUGGCAAUCUGUUCGUGCCAUAAGGAAGUUAAGAUUGGAGCUGGUUACAUGUGCCCGAGAUGCAAAGCUCGGGUAUGUGACCUCCCUACGGAAUGCACUAUCUGCGGUCUAACACUUGUUUCAUCGCCACACUUAGCGAGAUCAUACCAUCAUCUCUUCCCAAUUGCUCCAUUUGAUGAGGUGCCUGCUCUUUCAAGUCUGAAUGAUAAUCGGAGAAAAUUGGGAAAAAAUUGUUUUGGUUGCCAACAGAGCCUAAUUGGUGCAGGGAAUAAACCCGGCCCAUGCGUAACAUGUCGUAAAUGCAAGCACUAUUUCUGUCUGGACUGUGAUAUAUACAUCCACGAGAGCUUACACAACUGUCCUGGCUAAAAGUCCAUAACACAGACCAUGGAGGAAGAUAAUAAUGUCACUAGGUUCUGCAAGGCAACAUCUGCAUGUAAAGAUGCAGCAUUUUACUACCUUGAAGGCUUCGACUGGAAUCUUGAAGACGCCAUCUCUGGUUUCCUUGGUGAUCAACUUCCUCCUCUCAAAAUGAGAGCGACUCCACGGAGGGUGAAUGAAUGGCGAUAUCGAUCUCGAUCUCCUUUGAGAAGAAGAUCCUCUGCUACCUCUGUCUCGGAACUUAAGUUUAAGAUGCACCAAGAUGAAAUAACCAUAACGAGGAGCUCUGAUACCGCUGCUUUGGCCACCAGUUUGGGUGAUAGUAGAAGAGAGCUUCAUGAUUCUAAUGAUAUAUCUCAUGGAGAAAAAAUUGUGUCUAUAGCUAAUCCUGUGAAUCAGGAGUUUAAAGAAGAGGGAUCAUCAGUCCAAGCUACAAAGAUUUGUGAAUCCACCUCCAUUGAAAUUGACUUGCCCUGUUCGGAUCCUGAUUCGGACUCUGAUUAAGCUGAUGGGAGUUUUUUUAUUUAUAUGGAAGCAGAUUGAUGUAUGAAUCCCUUAUUGGUACUUUUUUAUCCAGCAAACUAUUAUCAGAAAUUUACACACACAACUUAAAUUCUUCUUGAAUACAGUGAGAUUGACUCA